AUGGUGACAGGAUUUGAGGUCUUUGGUGCGGUCAGUGGGGCUCUGGGUACUCUAAAUCUGGUCCGACAGCUUCUCGAAAGCGUGUACACUGUCGGCAAAGACUGGGCAGAAUCAGGGAGAAAAUUACUAGAGGUGCAUGAUGGUUUCCAGAUCUUCAUCGUCCGACUCGAGACAUGGAGUGAGAGAACAUGGUCAAUUGACGCAGAGUUUAACGAUGAUGUGGGCAAAGCCUUCUGGGGAGACUCCGGAUGGCGUUCGAUUUCAAUUCAGCUUGCUCACAUUGACAAGACUGCGGAAGAAUUUUUAGUCGUGUUCAAGAAGGCCGCCGAUCCAGCAAUCAUCGAAAAACUGCUGCCACAACAUGGGAAUCUUCUCGCAAGGGCAGAACAAGCACGGUCAGAGGAGGAGCAUGAUCGCACUGGCCUGAGCACACGUAGAGGAGACAGUGUGAGAAAGCUCCGGGAACUUGGUGAUCGUUUGACAAAAUGUCUCAGUCCGGUGUCCAAAGUGAAUUUAAUCAUUAGUCGAGCACCAGUUUUGCUAGAUAUGUUGGCCGCCCUUGAUGCCAGAUUUCUUCUCCUUGAACGCGAUGCAAAUGCUUUCUAUGAGUCACAGCAUCCGACAGUCCCUAGAUCCGUGCCACAGCAACAAAGGCUUUCAACGGCAGAGGGCACAAUGCUUCUACGCAAUAUCAAAGCUACUAAAGCUGCUUCCGAAGCAUUGUACCGAGCAUGCGGGAACCUCAAAAAUGAAGUCUGCACGAUAGAUCAUCGUCGAGUUGAAGGAGAAGGUCUACCGAAACUUGAAAUGAACCUUCUUGCAGCAGAACCGCGCUUCCACUCAAACGACGACUGGAAAGGCUUUGCAAUGAGAUACCAUCUUGUUUUGACAUCACCUGAGAUGGAAAACGAACUUGAAGUGCUUGUCGAGGGUCCACUACAUGCCCCACAGCUACAAGCGGAAAUCGCUGAUGACUUCGCUGAAGCAUGUAGACACAUUCGAGUUGGACGCCAAUGUUAUUUUGAAGCAGAUCUGGAGAUCAACUCACGGUCUGCAACAAUGUUUCGCUUGAGCUCCCCGCUUGAUCCAUUGAGGCCUUGGGAGACUAAGAGUAUCCAUUUGUCCGGCCUGUUGGGAGCUAUAGAAGAUAUGACUUCUUUUCAAGCCUCAGGACAGUUUCCUUACACAGAAAGGUUGAAUUUGGCAUUCAAAGUGGCAGAAUGUGGACUUCUGCUGAUUGGCACUUCCUGGCUCUCCAGCAUCGACAGUAGGAAUGUUCAACGUCUGUCAGACCCCUCUUGGAAGACCAAGCGAAGAUUCAUAUUUGCAGUUAAGGCUACAGAGAACGAGCACCUUGCCAAUGUCGAGCCUCAUCUCUUCAGGAUUGGUAAACUCCUAGCGGAGAUUGCCAUGGGCCUGCCUGUAAGGCAUAUUGCGACUUUCGAUGGCCCACAGGGUCCUGAACUAGACUUGGUCAUCUCUGUGAAGAUAGAAGAAACGAAAGAGAUGCGAGCUAUGCCCGCCGUGGAGGUAGAGCAGCGGGUACGGCAGGCCAUGGGACUUUCAUACAGCAAAGCAGUUGCAUUCUGUCUGCAACAAUCCUCAGAUGCGCAAAAAGAGAAUUGGGGACGAUUGCUUGAGUUUGGGACAUGGAAGGAAAAGGAAGAGGCGUACAUGAAACUACUGGCGAACUACCACAAGUUGGUCUAUUUACCGUAA